AUGGGAGGACGUGCACUUGAGUCUGUUUCGCGCAUUGCGAUCCGUGGAGCUGCGACAGCCGCGCCGCCUCCACCGAAAAAACCUCAGAAAACUUCGUUCGGAGGACUCAAGGACUCAGAUCGUAUCUUCAGCAACUUAUAUGGUCGUCGUGACUAUCGUCUCAAAGGAGCUCUCGCUAGAGGUGAUUGGUAUAAGACCAAAGAGAUUAUUCUGAAAGGCUCGGAAUGGAUUAUCAAUGAAAUUCGAGCUCUCAUUGCUGGUGUGGCCAUGGGUGCACGAGCUGCUUAUAUCUACGUUCGUGGUGAAUUUUAUAAUGAAACUUGCAUUCUCAAGGAGGCUAUACAUGAAGCGUAUAAAGCUGGCUACAUUGGCAAAAACUGCUGCGGAACAGGCUACACAUUCGACGUCUUUAUUCACCGUGGCGGUGGCGCAUACGUCUGCGGAGAAGAAACGGCCCUGCUCGAGUCGAUAGAAGGAAAGCAAGGAAAACCACGUCUGAAGCCCCCGUUUCCAGCCGAUAUU